CUUCCCGGGUCGCUGUCGCGGGCAGCAGAGCUCGCCCCGGCCAGGGGCACCGACCAUGUACUGCAGCCGCGCGACGCUGGGAGCGACGCGUCUGGUCCGGAGCUGGAGAGGCUCUGCGGUUUGGCUCGGCGGGGCUGCAAGAAUUGCGACCCCCAGGAUGGGGAGCAGCACAUCAUCAUCCUUGAGAAAACCAGUUGCCCCUGUAACUCAGAUCCAAGAAACAAUUUCUAAUAACUGUGUGGUGAUUUUCUCAAAAACAUCUUGUGCUUACUGCACAAUGGCAAAAAAACUCUUUCAUGACAUAAAUGUUCACUGCAAAGUGGUGGAAUUGGACAUGGUGGAGUAUGGAAACCAAUUUCAGGAUGUUCUCUACAGAAUGACAGGUGCCAAGACGGUGCCAAGAAUAUUUGUCAAUGGGACAUUCAUUGGAGGGGCAACUGACACUCACAGGCUUCACAGUGAAGGGAAACUGCUCCCACUGAUUCAUCAGUGUUAUUUAAAGAAAAAUAAGAGGAAAGAAUCCCAAUGAUAUCAGUGCUCGUAACAUUGCUUGUCGCCUGUCAUCAUUUUCAGAUAGCUGAUGAUGUUUCUCAGAUGUCUGAGUAUGUUUUAAAUAUGUGAACAACCCUCAUGAGAGGUACAGAAAUAAUGAACAAUAAAUCACGAUGGAA